AUGGACACCACCACCACCACAACCACCACCCCCACCACCGCCACCGCCGCUGCCGCGAAGCGAACCACUGGCCGCCGGUUGGUGCUGCUGCCGUCACCAUUCCAAGGCCACCUAAACCCUAUGCUUCAACUAGCAAACAUACUUCACUCCAAAGGCUUUUCAAUCACCAUCCUCCAUACUCGUUUCAACUCCCCUAAUCCCACCAACUACCCUCACUUCAUUUUCGUACCCAUUCCGGCUUCUGGCGAAGAGAAACACUCGUUCUCCGACAUGGGAAACGUCAUACGUUUCAUGCACUAUAUCAACAUCGAUCUCUUGGGUCCAAUUCAUGAGUGUUUGGAGCGGUUGAUGUCGGAGAAUGAUGGAGUUGCUUGCUUUAUCACAGAUGCUCAUUGGUUCGGCACACAGAGCGUAGCCGACUGCCUGAAACUUCCGAGGAUCGUUCACCGGACUAGCAACAUAUCGUCGUUUCGAGCCUUUGCUGUCCCUCAGCUCCUACGUGACAUGGGCUGUUUCCAGCGUUCGUCCGAUGAAGAAAUGAAGUUGGAAGCAUUGGUCCCGGGCCUUGAACCACUUAAAGUUAAAGACUUGCCAAAAUUCCAAACCAAUGAUCCAGAAAGCGCAUGUAACAUGUUAGAACUCAUGGUUCAAGGAACUAAGGGAGCACGUGCAGUGAUAUGGAAUACAUUCAAAGAUCUAGAAGAACAUGAACUUGUAGCUCUAGGCCAAGAUUUCCCAAGCCCACAUUUCCUAAUAGGACCAUUUCACAAGUAUUUCCCAGCAUCGUCAAGCAGUCUCCUAGCACAAGACCAAACAUCGCUUUCAUGGUUAGACCAACACCCACCAAAGUCUGUGUUAUAUGUUAGUUUUGGUAGUCUAGUUAGGAUUGAGGAAUCCCAGUUUUUAGAGAUCGCAUGGGGUUUGUCUAAUAGCAAGCAACCAUUUUUAUGGGUUGUUAGACCAGGGUCCAUAAAAGGGUCAGAGUGGCUAGAAUUGUUGCCAAAUGGAUUCUUGGAGAGAAUUGUAAAAGGAAUAGGGUAUAUUGUGAAGUGGGCACCACAACAAGACGUACUAGCUCAUCCUGCGAUAGGUGGAUUUUGGACUCAUAAUGGGUGGAAUUCGACACUUGAGAGUAUUUGUGAAGGAGUUCCAAUGAUUUCUUCACCAUCUUUUGGUGAUCAACUCCCAAUUUCAAGAUACGUAAGCGAUGUGUGGAAGAUUGGGGUAAAGUUGGAAAAUGGGUUUGAAAGAGGCGAGAUUGAAAGUGCAAUAAGGAGAGUUAUGGUAGACGAGGAAGGGUUGGAAUUUAGGAAUAAAAUCGCUAAUAUCAGUGAGAAAGUAAACCUUUGUCUAAAGAAAGGUGGUUCAUCGUAUUCAUCCCUUGAAGAUUUGGUCAAUUACAUUUUGUCAUUCCCAUGA